AUGUAUCAAAUGAAGUUUUGCACAAUUUUGCGUAUUUCGCUAUUGUCAAGCGUUUUAUUGUUAUCCACGUUUGUGGCAGAGACAAAGGCGUACGGAUUUGGACGUUGCCCGAAGUAUCCAUCCAUGCCAAAGUUCAAUAUGAGUCGAGUACUGGGUCACUGGUACGAGGUGGAGCGUUCGUUUUAUUUGCCAGAAAUUGCCUCCGGCUGCACCACAUUUGAAUUUCAGCCCUAUAGUAAAGCGGAGCUGUCCAAGUUUAACAAUUUUAAAGUGGAGGUGGCCAUUAAAACUGUCAAUCGCAUCACUGGCAAUCCGAAUGUUAAUCUGGGCUACGCCACACCAGAGAACAGCAAAUCUUCCAUAAUGGACUUUAAGUUCAACACACGUUUUCCUGAGGUGAUUGCCCGUCUGCUGCCUGGAUCUGGGAAAUACCAGGUGCUCUACACGGACUACGACAACUAUGCUAUCCUGUGGUCAUGUGGAAGCAUUGGAUCGCUUGGCUAUGCGGAUCAAAUCUGGAUUCUGGGACGUGAAACAGAUUUUGUGGUGGAGAUACGAGAGAAGAUCUAUGAUGUGCUAAAGCGACUGUCCCUGGAUCCGGAUAGGCUGGUUCUCAGCAAGAACACCAACUGUCCCAAAAUCAACUGAAACUAAGCCUAUACAUAUAUAUAUACAAACUGAUUUUUAAGUAUACUAUUGAAUCUAUUUAGGUUUCUGUGAUAUCGCAAAGUCGAGCUACGUUUCUUUGUUUUGCGAAACAAAUAUAUAUAAAUAUAUAUACCAUGAAUGCAUA